AUGAUCCAUCCGGAAGGUGCUGCUGCUGCUGCUGCUGGGGCCGGUGCUGCUACUAUGCCGGUGACGUUUUCGUUCGAACCGUUCAACCCAGCUGCUGGAAAGUUCGAUCGGUGGUUAGACCGAUUGCAAAUUUCGUUCCGGAUCUACAAAGUAGCCAAUGUAAACAAACGGGACUACUUGCUGCAUUAUAUGGGCGGUGCGGCCUACGAAAUCCUGUGCAACAAGCUGAUGGACGAGCCGCCGCUGGAGAAAAGCUACGAUCAAAUUGUGACGAUUCUCAAAAACCACUUCACUCCUGCUCCGUUGGAAAUAUUAGAAAAUUUUAAGUUCCAAAGCCGUAAACAAUUGGAACAUGAAACGUUGAGCGACUACCUGAUGGAUUUGGAGAAAUUAGCCCAGACUUGCAAUUUCGAAGCCCACCUAAACAAAGCUAUCCGGAACCAGUUUGUUUUCGGAAUCCGGAUCCGUGUUAUCCAAUCGCGAUUGCUGGAAGUGCGCGAUUUAACACUCGAGCGGGCGAAGGAGAUUGCGUUCGGUAUGGAGAUGUCGUUCCGUGGGACCGACGAAAUGCAUGGUUUCCGUCUUCGGCCGUCUGCAGACGUAAAGUACAUCGAGCACGGCAAAACCAAGAAGAAGAAGAGCAACAAUCAACUAUCUUCAACCAACUCGACUGCAGCUGCGUCGUCUAAAAAGUUCGAUGGCCAAAAGAGAACAUGCUACAGAUGCGGUGAUGAUGGUCAUUUGGCCGACAAAUGCAAGUAUGUGACUACCAAGUGUAAGUUCUGCAACAAGAAGGGACAUCUCGAAAAGGUUUGCCAGUCGAAAAGGAAGGAAGAGAUGAGAAAGAACGAUGCACAUCAUCUGGAGGAGCCGUACGUGGUUAAGGAUCUUUUCCACUUGCGUUCGGCGCUGAACUUUUCAAGCAAGUUCAUGCUGAACAUUACCGUCAACAAGAAGGUGCUCACAUUCGAGGUCGACACUGGAUCCCCGGUGUCAUUGAUCGGUUCCCAAGAUAAGCAACGGUAUUUCCCUCACCUUACCCUUCAUCCUGCUGACCUCCGACUGGUAAGUUAUUGCGAUAAUGAAAUUUCGAUUCUCGGUAAAAUUUUUGUUAACGUUGUUGCUAAUGGAGAUGAGACACUACUUCCUUUACACGUUGCGGAUUCCAGCCGCCACCCACUAGUAGGUCGAAACUGGCUUCGUGAUUUAAAUAUCGAUUUUAAUCGCAUUUUUAAACCUGGUACACAUUCAAUGUCUCACUGUAGCUUGGUGCCGGAAGUUACCACGACUGCUUUAAAAAAUAUUUUGCAUAAAUACCCUAACGUGUUUAAUGACCGUAUUGGCCAUUUUUCUGGUGUGCGGGCUACACUUACGAUCCGUGACAAUACUAAACCAAUGUACAUUAAAGCAAGACCAGUUGCAUUUGCAGUUCGCAAUGCCGUUGACAAGGAAAUCGACAAAUUAGUUAGUGAUGGUAUCUGGGAAAAGGUAGACCAUUCUAACUGGGCGACACCUGUCGUGCCAGUGCAGAAGGCAGGCGGUAGGGUGCGCUUAUGCGGAGAUUACAAAAUUACGUUAAAUCCCAACUUACUUGUCGAUGAUCAUCCCCUUCCAACGGUGGAAGAGCUUUUCGCGACUGUCGCGGGUGGACAACGAUUUUCGAAAAUAGAUUUGUCGCAAGCUUACUUGCAAUUAGAAGUGCGUCGCGAAGAUAGAGAGUUACUUACCCUUAGUACACAUCGUGGACUGUUUCGUCCAACGAGGCUCAUGUACGGAGUGGCCUCAGCCCCUGCAAUCUUUCAAAGAUUAAUGGAACAGAUCCUACAAGAUAUUCCGGGUGUGACAAUUUUUAUCGAUGACAUUCGCGUGACAGGUCCCGAUGACCGUACCCAUUUGCUUAGAUUAGAGGAAGUACUUAAGAGAUUAGAUGCUCAUAAUAUCCGAGCUAAUCGGGAGAAAUGUGAUUUCUUUGCGGACAAUAUCGAGUAUUGCGGUUACAGAAUAGAUCGACACGGUGUCCAUAAGCUACGUUCAAAGAUUGACGCGAUCGAAAACAUGCCAAUUCCUACCAGCAAGGAACAAAUUCGUUCUUUCAUCGGUCUCGUUAGCUAUUACGGUCGAUUUUUCCCCAAUCUUAGUACAAUUCUAUACCCUCUUAACAAUCUUUUAAAAGAUGAUGUUCCAUUUAAGUGGAGCAAUGCGUGUGACAAAUCGUUCAAUCUAGUUAAGCGUGAAAUGCAAACCGACCGUUUUCUUGUCCAUUACGACCCCACUCUACCGGUGAUUCUAGCUACGGAUGCUUCUCCUUAUGGGGUUGGUGCUGUCCUAAGCCACCAGUACCCUGAUGGUUCCGAGCGACCUUUACAGUACGCGUCGCAAACAUUGAGUAGAACUCAACAAAGGUAUUCUCAAAUCGAUAAAGAGGCCUACGCGAUAAUAUUCGGUGUUCGCAAAUUUCAGCAAUAUCUAUACGGUCGUAAAUUUACUUUGAUUACCGAUAAUAAGCCGGUUAGUCAGAUUUUCUCGGAGGUAAAGGGUUUACCUACUAUGUCGGCAAUGCGUAUGCAACACUACGCCGCGUUUUUACAAGCGUUUGAUUAUAGUAUACGUUAUCGUCGUUCGUCGGAUCACUGUAACGCUGAUGCAAUGUCGCGACUACCUGUUGCCACUACUGAUUCGGGAUUUGAAAUUGAGGAAUCAGAUGCCGUCGAAAUAAAUACGAUUCAGACACUUCCCUUGACUGUUGAUGAACUCGGUAGCGCUACACUACAAGACAAAGGUGUGCAAGAGUUGAUGCGUGCGCUUAGAACCGGUAAAGCGAUCGAUGCUAGAUUUCGUUUCGGUAUUAACCAAGAAGAAUUUAGUUUGCAAAAGGAUUGCUUAAUGCGUGGUGCUCGCGUUUAUGUUCCACCUGCUUUGCGCGUUAGAGUUCUGAAUGAACUUCAUUCAACACAUUUUGGAAUAACCCGAAUCAAAUCACUAGCUCGAGGUUACUGCUGGUGGGAAGGCAUUGACAGGGACAUUGAGAAUCUUAUCAAAAGCUGCGCGUCUUGUCAAGUGAAUAGAGCAAAUCCUCCGAAAAUUUCGUUUCACUGUUGGGAAACCCCAUCAGAACCCUUUCAACGUGUCCAUGCGGACUACGCCGGUCCGUUCAUGGGUUUCUAUUUUCUUAUAUUAAUUGAUGCUUAUUCGAAAUGGCCAGAGGUACGUAUCCUCAGGAAUAUGACUACAGAAACUACAAUACGCGUUUGUCGGGAAUUUUUCAGUACAUUUGGCAUUCCAUCCGUUUUUGUGAGUGACAAUGGUCCUCAGUUUACGUCCGCGGAUUUCGAUAAGUUUUUGAAGAUGAAUGGAGUCGUUCACAAACUAAGUGCUCCCUACCACCCGGCGACGAAUGGUCAAGCCGAAAGGUUUAUCCAGACUAUGAAAUGCAAAUUGAAGUCCAUGGAUUGUAACAAAUCCGAUCUACAUUCCGAAUUAUACAAUAUCUUACUAUCGUAUCGAAAAAUGAUACAUCCGACUACAGGACAUUCCCCUGCUCAGAUGGUAUUCGGCCGUCAGUUACGUUCUCGUUUAGACCUGAUGAUUCCUUCAGACGACCCUAAAGACAGUGUAGUUCAGGGAAAAGUACGUGACUUGACAGUUGGAUCCAGGGUGUCAGCACGCAACUACGAUCAUUCUACAAUUUGGGAGUUCGGUGUAAUAAAAGAGCGUCUUGGUAAGUUGCACUACCUCGUACAGUUGGAUGAUGGACGUGUUUGGAGGAGACAUAUCGAUCAACUACGGGCUGUUGCUGUAGAGGAGCAAGACUCGUCGAAAGAGGUAACAUUUUCGCGGAAUGGUGGAUUUAACGAUUGUGAGAACUCAGAAGUGUCAAUCGCAGUAACUCCCCAGAAUCCAAUCCCAGAUAUUCCUUCCUGUACAGAUCCUAUUCCUGAUCCACAAAACUCUCCAAAACCUACCGUUGCUUUAUCUCCUACUCUACCAACUGGCAACACUGCUGUAAACCGAUCACCAGGCGUACAACCGAACCAAGGACUACGUCGUUCAGCAAGGACGAUCAGAGCUCCACAGAAACUGGACCUUUGA